AAACCUGACCAAGUUUUGUCUAAUUUCCAGUACAGAUACUUUAGUGUACUUGAAACUAACUUACACGUAACUUUUCAGAAAGAUAUCGGCGUAAAUCAAUAAUUCCAUAACAUUGAUGAAAGUGCUUUUAUAUCACUUAUGACAACAUUUUUCCCGUGUUAUAAAUCCACUUGCAGAUAUAAUCUACCGAUGGAACUAGAACUUUUUCAAAUAUUUGGACUAGAAUUUAGACAUAAAUAUUUGGUAAGAUUUUGUGUUUUUUGCAGUUUCCAGCUUUGAUCAGAAACAGGAAUUGGGUGUAGCAGUACAAAUAAACCACAUGUCAGGGUUGAUCUGGGUUUAGCACAGAAACAAAAACCUCAAUUCAAACAGAAAACAAACUUUAUUUAGGAGCCUUGUUACUUAUUAAAGGUUUAGUAAUGUUAGAUACAACCAGGCACAACAAAGUGCUUGAUUAUAUGACCAUUUGGCUUGCCAUACUCCCAACAUGCUCUCCUUUGUAACCAUUGGUUACCAAAAGCUCUAAAUGUUUCAAAAUAAAUUAAACAAACAUCUGUCAUUAUUAGCUGAUGCGAUCUUUGCAUUGCUUUGGUGUGGAGAGCUUUAGAUUGGAUUUUCAUUUUUUCCCAACUCAGCUUUCCAUACUUUAUGCUCUUUCUGUCGUAGUUUGAGGGAUUUGGGACAAUCACAUGUACUGCUACACCCCUAAAGAAGGAGUUUAUCUUCUCCUCUAAAAAAAUACAAAAUUCUUCUUCUUGAUCUUCAAAACACUUGAAAAAACCUGAUAAAUGGAAACAAAAUUUAUUGUUAAGCUGCAUUUAUUACUAUCAUCUACCUAAAUACAAUCUAUUUGAGACUUUGUCACUUCCUGUAAAAUACACUGGAACAAAGUCUUAGAAUGUGACAAAAAAAAUCUAUAUUUUAAGUGCAAAUUAUGAGAGAAAUUUCUUUAGGAUUAGACUAACUGGAGUAUUCAAGCUUCUGUAGGUAACCAUUAUGUCAAGCUCUUUCAUUUUUAGAGUCUGACGGUGUUUUUAUGGAUGAGUUGACCAAAAACAAACACGUCAGCGCUCCUGUUUUUAUCAUUUAGAUCACUAGUAUCUCAUUUUAAAAAUCAGAUUUCAUCAUGGGAGAGAGAGAUGAUGUGUGGGUUUUCCUCAACAUGAUUUCAGAUUAUUUAUCAAAGGGUUUGAAGAUGAAAUUAAAUUAUUAAACUGUUGAUUUGGAGUUACAUCAAUGUAAAAUAAAAGAAAAAAAAACAGCCCCAGUUCAGUCACUUGUUAUUGAAUUCUGGUUUGAACUGUUGUUUUGGGAAUUUUGUAACUUUUUUCCGUUUUCUGUUGCGUCCUUUUCUCCUCUGCAUGGGACUGUUCUGUCGUAAACGUUCUCCUGAACUUUCUCAUCCGGGAAACUUUCAGGAUGAAAUCUGGAGUUAAGAGAAAACUGUGACAUAAACUAGAAAAACCCCCCUGGGAUGAUGAUUCGGUACUUAUGGGGUUCGUUAUGUUUGAGUUGGUCUGAAUUAUGUUCUCUGUUUGCAGCUUUUUCUCAGUUUUCUUAUUUAAAAACUAAAGAUUGAUGUGAAGAAUAAUACAUUAUUUGAAUAAAUAAGAGAUCUGCACUCUGUUGUUGAAGUUUCAUCUCAUCCUGAUGACAGUUUCUAUGAAAUAUUCCUUCGAUUUUUUUUUUUUUUUUUUUUUUUUUACAUUAUUGAACUUUUUAUGGAGCUAAAUUUGGGCCAUAAAUUUUGUGCAACAGAAAAAACAAUUGAAACUGAAGAAGUUUUAAAACUGUAAAAAGGAUGUAAAACUGUUAAGUGUUCAAAACUGUUUCUGAAAUCAAGUUUUCUUUUUCAGGUUCUAUGGAGCUAAAUUGGGGCCAUAAAGUGUAUUUUAGAGAUUUGAAAUAAAAAAAAAGAUUGGAAACAGAAAAAUUGUGUUGAAGAUGUUUUUCAGUUUCAAAUCUUCAAUUUAAUUGUUUUUUUCAAAUUUCUUAAAAUUACAAAAUAGUUUUUCCUGUUUCAAAUCUUUUCAGUGUCAAAAUAUUUUUGAGUAUCAUCUUUUUAUUCAGUUUACCUUUUCCAAUUUCAAAUCUGUUUUUCAGUUUCAAACUUGUCAAUUUCAAGAUAACUUUUUAAUGUAAAAUCUUUGUUUUUCUUUUUCCAGUCUGAUUUUUAUUUUUAUUUUUUUCAGUUUCAAAUCUAUUUUGAAACUGAACAGAAGUUGUUUUUUGUUUGUUUGUUCUUUUGAACAAACUGUAUGGCCCCAAUUUCUUUCCAUAGAAACACUUUUCAGACUUGUCUGAGACGAUGCGAGCUAGUCUGAAUUAAUUCAGACCUGAGCGGGUUUAAAUGUGCACUAUUUAAACUUUAACUGGUUGCAUCAAGCUGCUCCGUCAGAUGUAAUUAUGUUAACGAAGCUUUGAGAAAUUCAUGCAGGCUUUGCGCCAACUUCUAACUGUUCGUCUGACGUCUGAAAAAAAUCACAGCAAAUGUUUUCAUGCUCUGCUGCACAGCAUGCGAAGAACAGACGCAUUUCAGUGGACCUUUGCUCCAGUUGGUCCCGUUAAAAGCCCAACUGGGCCGAACUGGGCCCGCAGUUUGAAUGGUCGGUGUGCAGCGAGAGGUCCGGCAUACAGAUCAGCUGCUUGGAGGCAAAACUCAUGGCCACUUUUGACGACAUCUUGGAGGAAGCGGGGAAGUUCGGGCGCUGCCAGAAGCGGGUCUUCGCCCUGCUGUGCAUGGUGUCCAUGCCGUGGGCUGGCGUGUACGUGGGCAUCGUGUUCCAGGGCUUCACCCCGGAUCACUGGUGCCGGGACUCGGCGGCGGUGCAGCGGAGGGAGGCCUGCGGAUGGAGCCGGGAGGAGAGUCGCAGGCUGACGGCGCCGCUGGUCAACAUCACCGGGGUUCUGCAGCCCAGUAGCUGUUUGCGCUUCGAAAUGGACUGGAACGUGACGGAAAGCAGCUGCGAUCCACGGGAGACUGACAGGAGCGCAACCCCCACGGCCGGCUGCACCGAGGGCUGGGAGUACGACUAUGACGGGAGGAAGUCGUUCGUCACCGAGUUUGACCUGGUGUGUUCAGACGGGUGGCUGGUGGAUCUGUACCAGGCCACGCUGAACGUCGGCUUCCUGAUCGGCAGCAUCGCCAUCGGUUACCUGGCCGACAGGUUUGGGAGGAAAGUGAGCUUCCUCAUGUCCAACGUGCUGAACGGGAUCGCCGGCAUCCUGGUGGCCGUGGCUCCCAACUACAUUUCUUUACUGGUUUUCAGGACUUUGUACGGGUUUGGAGUGAAAGGAGGAUGGGUGGCGGGAUACGUACUCAUCACAGAGAUCGUUGGGGUGGAGUUCAGACGGACGGUGGGAGUUAUUUACCAGAUGUUCUUCAGUGUUGGCAUCCUCAUCCUCCCUUUGCUCGCCUACUUCAUCACGGACUGGCGCUGGCUGCAGGUCGUCAUCACCGUCCCCUACAUCCUCUUCCUGUCCUACUACUGGUUCAUCCCUGAAUCUCCAAGAUGGCUGCUGUCUCAGAACAGGAAGUCCAAAGCUGUGAAGAUCACCAAAGACAUGGCGAAGGAAAACAGGGAGACUCUGUCCAAGAUGAUUGAGACGCUGUCGGAUGAUAACGCUGAUUCCUCCACCGCCUCCUUUAUGGACCUGAUCAGAACUCCAAAAAUGAGAAAACACACGCUUAUUCUCAGCUUCAACUGGUUCACCAGUGCAGUCGUCUACCAGGGGUUGAUCAUGCGGUUGGGGAUUCUGGGAGGAAACGUCUACAUCGACUUCCUGAUCUCCGGGCUGGUGGAGUUCCCUGCCGCCUUCCUCAUCCUCUUCACCAUCGAGCGAAUCGGCCGCCGCCUCCCAUUCGCCACCGCCAACAUCGUGGCCGCCGCCUCCUGCUUCAUCACAGCCUUCAUCCCUGACAGCAUGUUCUGGUUUAAGACUGUGGUGGCCUGCGUCGGUCGGCUGGGCAUCACCAUGGCCUUUGAGAUGGUCGUUUUCGUAAACACUGAACUCUACCCAACAUUUGUCCGGAACUUCGGCGUGUCGGUUUGUUCCACCCUGUGUGACGUUGGGGGCAUUGUCGCUCCUUUCCUGCUCUACAGACUGGCUAUCAUCUGGCUUGAGCUCCCACUCAUCAUUUUUGGAUGCUUGGCCUUCGUGGCUGGUGGUUUAGUUCUCCUUCUUCCAGAAACCAGAGGUGUGCCGCUGCCUGACACCAUCGACGAUAUUGAGUUUCCUGGGAGGAUGAAGGAACAGACGAUGCUGGAGAGCCAGCAGCUGGCCAACCUGCUGCCCAACAGCAACGUGUCGUCCUGCAAACAACCAGCAGCUGUCUGAUUUAUUUAUUUCUCUUCCUCAGCUCUGUUUUUAUUUGUUUGGAUUCAUUAAAACUUAUAUUGUUGCUGUAUUAUUCACAUAUUCACAGAAGUUAGAGCCAAGAUGAAUCUGCUUUUAUGUUUUCUGCUGUUUGGCUGCAGUAUUAAAUUAUUAAAGAGUUUUAUUCUAA